AUGAAGCUAUCAAAGGCUCUCAGUGGAAAAAGUGCAAAAUACCCAACAAUCUUACUAGCUCACCAGCCAAAGGCUGCACAACAAGCGUUGAACCAGUUUUCAGAUAUUGAUCUCAUAUUGUCAGGUCACACUCACGGAGGGCAGUUCUUUCCUAUGCACAUACCUAUUUACCUAUUUAAUCCCUUCUUUGCUGGUCUUUACAAGCACAAAGAAACCUAUGUUUAUGUUUCCUCUGGAACAUAUUUUUAUGGCAUACCUUUGCGAAUUGGUUCCACUCCAGAGAUAACUAUCCUCACUUUAGUGCCAAAGCAAUAA